UCUCAGGCCGCAAUCCACCCCCCCUCCCCCCUCUCUCACGUUAAGUCUUUCUCCCUCCUUUACGUUUCGUCUUAUUCUUGUAACCCAGCCCAUUGUCGCCGAUUUUAGCCACCACUUCCAGUUCCUCCGGCCAUCGUUCAAUUUUCGUCGUCGCUGGGCCGCACCUCCAACGAACGAUCGACCACGAGCAUCUUUGGUUCAACUUUCGUGUGCACCCAUCGCUGCCGAUCUCUCCAUCUCCGUCCGAUCAUUCUCUUUUAGACUUGUCAUGUGGUUCUGUCUUAUCGGCGCCCAAUCUCAGACCUGUCGUCGGCAUUUUGGGUAAGUUUUUGGUGUCUUGUAUGGAUUUUCUUGGCGAAUCUUAAAUACCCACUGGAUCCAUGCCAAAUGCCCACCGGUCAGCCACGUACAAGACCUACCGGUUAGUACUCCACCGGAUCCGCGCUAGUCGUCCAGCCUAGCCUCGCACCAAAUCCAGUCAGUCUUUGUGCCAAAUUCGGUCAAUCCUCUACCAGAUCUGGCAAGUUGGUCGAGGCUCGAGUGAAGCAUCGAUUUGAGCAAACACUUCAGGUAAGUGUAUUGGAUGUAUUAGAAUGAAUUUGUGAUUUGGGUUAUAAUAUAGCAUCUUCUUUAAUGAUUUGCUUGUUUGAAUGUUUGAUGAUGAGAUUGAUUUUGAAGUGUUGGAAGGAGUUGAGUUGUUGUCUAAUAAGUUUGAGACCGAUCUUAGCAAUGUUUUGAUUUCAAGGGAUUGGAGCCACUGUCUAGCAAAGUUAAUGAUGUUUGGACGUUUUGAUAGGUUGGAUUACUUCGUUGUAGUUUUGAAGUGGCGUUCGAAUCAAGCCGCACUUUGGGUAAUUAUUCCUCUUGAGGCUGGAUAUGGUCAAAAGAGAAUGAAUGAAAUCCUACAUGAGUUGCAACUCAUGCAACUGUCUCCUUUGCAUGUUGAUCUGCAAUAUAUUGAAGAGUUUGGAGUGAAAUUCGAACAAGCAAUCUAUAGAGAAUGUCAGAGAAAAUUUGGGUUGAAGAAAGGGUUCUUCGCCAAGAUUGCUGCUAUGAACUUUUCUCUUCCAUCUCUUGAUUCAAGCUUGUUUUGAGUCCCACAACUUAAUCUAGAGCACCAAGAGAAUAGUAGUGAAGAUCUUGAGGUGGUUUGCAACAAGAUUCAGAGAAGAUAGCAGUUGGAGAAGGAGCUUUGAAGAAGUUUUACAAGAGGUAUGUCCUUAAACUCACUUGUUUUCUGCAAGAGCAUGCUUUAUAUGUUGCCAAAAUUAGUGAAUUAGAGUGCUUAGAUGUACGUUGUGCUUUCGUUGUUACUGAUACAAUCCUAUAAUUGGUAUCAGAGCAACAUAUAAGCAUUCAAUUCAAUUUAUUUUUUGUUUGGUGGGUGUUUUA